AUGAUUAUUCAAAAUGACUACAAGGGGCAAUACAAGCGGAAACUCUUUAGUAGUGUUUCACAAUCUGUAAGACGGUAUAAACCGUUGCUUAUAUGGGGUCUUGUCAGCGCAAUAUGCCUUUACACAUGGAUGCAUCGCAUAAGUGAAAAUGACAAACAUUCGUAUAAUCCCGAUCCCCCUAUUCAACAUUUAUUUAAACGUUUUGAUAGUUCCCCAGGUAAACGCCAGGAAAACCUGAGUUGCAGUGAUGUGCGUUUUGUUGAACCUCAAGAACAAUGCCGUUUCGCCAAACAAUUUUGUUGGGAUGAAACUAGUGGCUACAUCAAUUAUCCAGAGCUCUACUACUGUUCAUUUCACCGAUUUCCUCGACUUGGUUUGACUAUCAUAGUAAUUUGGCUAGGAAUAUUAUUCACCAGCAUUGGUGUAUCCGCCAGUGACUUUUUUACCACAAACCUUGUUACCAUUUCCUCACUCCUACAGUUAUCCGACGCCGUUGUUGGUGUUACCUUUUUGGCUCUUGGAAAUGGCUCACCUGAUGUGUUAAGCACGUUUGCUGCCGUCCGCGUCCAAAGUGGUGGUCUUGCAUUAGGUGAACUUUUGGGAUCUGCCUUCUUCAUUGUCGCGAUUGUCGCUGGUAGCAUUUGCCUUAUCUGCCCUUUCCAAAUAUGUAAGCACCAUUUCAUUAGAGAUGUAAGCUUUUUCGCCGGCACCGUGAUUUUGCUGAUUUUCUUUUUGAUGCGUGAUGGCAGUUUGUGCUUGUGGCAGAGCUUUGUCAUGAUAAGCUAUUAUUUAUUCUACGUCUUAUUUGUGUUCUUUUCCAGUAAUUCCAAAGAAUUUUACACCACCACCGACGCUCCCCAUUUGGCAUUACCUGCCUAUUCCCCUGUUAUCAGUCAUUGUCCCACGUUCAAUUCGUACAAUGAUGAUUUGCUGACCGUCGCUUCACGCUUGAAAGCACAUACGAAGAAAUCAUCAAAUCCAAGUUAUAGCCCCUCUCCUUCUCUGAUAGAAAAUAACGACUUUCGAAAAUUAUCCUUGCCGAGUGAUGAUGAUGUUUCCUACUUUUCAAAACCCACCGCUUCAGUGGAACCCAUAUGUCCCCCCUCACCUGGUCCUACAAUUCGUCCGUCUUUCAUUGGUGCCCUGGAAUUGCAUUCUGCAUUAGAAAAUUAUCCUUCUACUCACGGCGCCAUAGCUGAUGGUGAUUUGUCUUUGGACCAUUUGCAUGCUCAUCAAGCUUUAGGCAAAUAUACUCCCUCUGGAAUGAAUACCCCUUUAAGUGGUACCGAGUGUAGACCUAAUUAUAUUUAUAACAAUAAUUUGAGUGCCCAGUCAUUCUUAUCGGAAAAUAGUGGUUUGUUAAAUUAUUUGGACGAAACAGACUCAUUAGGAGCUCGUUCAUCCCUCCUUCAACUGCUUUUCCCGACUCUACGUAAUUUUUACAAAAAGGCUUGGUAUGAACAAGCAUUGGAUAUUAUUAUUGUUCCUUCUGUUUUUGUGUUUACACUAACUUUACCCGUAUACCAAUGUCCUCAGCAACCGGUGGAUCCUCUAUACCCCGCAGAAGGGUGUACCCAAACAACGAUGAAAUGGAGUAGACCUCUUCGAGUCCUCCAGUGCAUAUUUGUUCCUCUAACAUUUUGCGUUUUAACAUUUAAUAACACUCAGCUGUACUAUGCCCUAACAUGUAGUGGCAUCGCGUCUUUCGUGGCCAUUUUGAUGCUUUACAAGUUCACUAAACCCGAGGAGUCUCCUCGUUUUUUGCCCUGGGUUAGCUUUUUUGGUUUUAUUCUAGGCAUUCUUUGGAUUUCGGCAAUAGCCAACGAAAUCGUGGGCAUUUUGAAGACAUUGGGUUUUGUACUAAAAUUGAAUGAGUCUGCCCUAGGGUUGACUGUUUUUGCAGCUGGAAAUAGCCUUAGUGAUUUUAUUGCUGAUAUAAUGGUUUCUCGUUCCGGAUUUCCAGAAAUGGCCAUUGGCGGAGUUUUUGGAGGACCGAUUUUAAAUAUUCUAAUAGGUCUUGGCUUUGCUUGUUUGUAUAACAGUAUUUCGAACCAUGGAGCUGCGAGUCGGAUCGAAAUUCCCAGAUCUCUUUCAAUCACUGCGUAUUUCUUGCUAGCUUGUCUAGUUUUACUCUUGUCUUAUGUUCCAUUCAACAAUUACAAGAUGGAUCGCAAAUUAGGUGCGCUACUGUUUAUGUUAUAUUUCGUAGGUACCUCAAUUAGUGUGGUGUUGGAGUUGCUUCGAGAUGGGAAUAAGUGA